AUGACGCAUCUGACCCAGUUCAACAAGAAGUUUAGUGAGCAGCAACUCGAAACCUUGUUUGAUGCAGCUGACACAGACAAGGAUGGUGCAAUUCAAUACGAGGAACUCUGCAGCUGGCUUUGCGACACUCCAUGCUUCUCGAGGUAUUUCCAAGAACUGGACAAGAUCGAGAAGGAGUACCAUCGGAGGUUGGCAAGCUACGAAUCGCACGUGGACGACCGGAAUGAAGAAGCGUUUAAGGAAACCUUCGAUGCUAUGGCGACAGAGUCGGGUGACAGGGCCAGACGCAAAUCAGAUCCACAGAUUCAAUUGCUGGUGGCCCAAGGUGAUUAG